UGUGCAGUGCUGUGUGUCCUGGAGACUGCAACCGCUCAAGAAGAAAACAGAAACGACGAUGAAACUCUGCAUCCUUCUGAUCUGUGCAGUGCUGUGUGUCCUGGAGACUGCAACCGCUCAAGUAAAGUUUGGGCAGCUCUGCAGUGGAAACUCAGCAAACACAAAGCGAGGCUGCGAUCGAAAUAACUACGGCUGCGGAAACUAUGGAGCCUCCCGUAAUGGCGGGAAGAGCAAACACGAGGGUCUGGACAUUGUGUGUGCUGAUGGUGCGACGGUUUACGCUCCAUUCGACGUGACGUUAAAGAGGAAAGCCGUACCCUAUAAAAAAAACAACGCCAUCAACAAUGGCAUCGAGCUCUCUGGGGGAGGUCUGUGCUUUAAGCUGUUCUACGUGAAGCCUGAUAAAUACAGCGGCUCACUUAAGAAAGGUGAGAAGCUCGGCACGAUGCUGCGCAUGCAGGACGUUUAUCCAGGGAUAACAUCACACCUCCACGUGCAGAUGUGCGACAAGUCGAACCCCACCACGUACUUCUGAUCAUACACACACACACACACACACACACACACACACACACACACACACAUACACACACACACACACACACACAGCGGUGACUCGAGUUCACCUUUGUGCAUCACCUUCAAAGAUCCUGCUUUCUGUCUGAAUAUUAAAUACAAAUAAAGCUUUUGGAAAAAGA